CGCGCAGCGUGGCGCGCGUCAGUGGUUUUAACGGGGCGAUUCCAGCAACGUCGCGUCGCGUCGCGUUACGCGGCCGGCGUGCGGCGAGUACGUGUUGAAAGACCGUAUUGUACAAACGCGGCUUUUCCAGUGGGAGGGGCUUGAACCGAAGCGAUGUGACGCGAACGUAAAUCUGCGCGCUGGUUUCCGUUCACACGGAGAAACGCGGAAACGUUGGUCGCGCGCUCAACCGUCACAAAAACCCGCGCGUACGGAGGACAGACGAGCCGCGGAGCCGCGCGGGCCGAAGGGACCGGACCGGCGAGAAGAAGCAGACCCGCUCCGGGAGCAUGUGAGUAAAGCCGCUCUUCUCGCGGAUCUGUGCUGCAGGAUGGACGCGUUCGGCUUCUGCAUGCAUUACGCAUCCGGUGUUUGGGACAGAUAGAGAUGAUCUGAUCUUCAGUCCAGUUCUGCUUCUUUCUCUGGACUAUCACAAUCAAUCACGUCCUUAUUGUCUGGUUUUCACCAAAAACAAGUGUGCCGGCGCUAUGAUGCCGUUGGUCUUCACACUUCUCUGCCUCUGCGUUUCAAAGAGGGGCGGCUUCUCUGCGUCUGUCACUCAAGCCCCCGUCCAAUCAGACGUUCAGUGUCACGACUGGGGAGUGCGGAGCGAGGGGUCGGUGCGGGUGUAUGACGGCGAGGUGGCCUACCUCUACUGUCCGCUCUUCUCUUACCCCACGCUCUACAGCUACAAUCAGACUCAGAACAGCAGCCUGUCUCUGCUGUGGUACCGACACACACACACACACGAGCUGGAGCAGCCCAUCAACCUCAAACUGCACACACUGCACAAAGACCGCGAGUACCUGUGGAUUCAGCCGGCCUCGGCGCAGGACGCCGGACUCUACAUCUGCAUGCUCCGCAACAUUUCCUUGUGUGUGAAGAUCGGCGUUGAACUAAAGGUCGUUCAGAAAGACGAAGAGUGUGACAGAACAGCUCAGCCUCACCUGAACCUGACUGUACCGCUCCAGAGCGAUCAAACACUCACCUGUCCAGACCUGAACACGCUCACGCUGCCCAACAGCACACACUCCGUCAGCUGGAUCCACUUAUGCAGGUUUAAUCGCUUUCGAGGAGACCGGGAGCUGAAGGGAGAUAAUCUGGUGAUCUACAGGAUGAUGGAGCCGUAUUCUGGCCUCUAUACCUGUGUGGUUUCCUAUCAGAUGAACGGACGUACGCUCCAGUUCACACGCAGCAUUUACGUCAUACCUGUCGUUCCAGAUUUCGGCAGUAAAGUUCCCAUCAUCCUGAAUCCCGCGAGCGAUCAGAUCUACACGGUGACUCUGGGGAAGACCGAGUCUCUGUCCUGUCGUGUUCAUCUGCCUCACCUGUACGGAGAAAAGCAGCACAUCUGGUGGACCAUCGAUAACAAAACCGUGGAGCAACUCGCCGACCCACGAUACAGCUCCCCCGAGGCCAGGCUUGUGUCAUAUGAUUACGGCGACGAGUUGAGAGAACGAAUCUUAAAUGUGACGGAUUUUUCUGCCGACGACCUGCAGAGAGAGUUUAACUGCUCUGCCAGAAACAGCCGUGGAUUCAACACCAGCCGAGCCGUACUCAAGGCCGAACCGUACGUCCCGACUCUAGCGCUGGGCUGUGGUUUAGGGGUGACUCUGGCGCUCAUGUUGAUGAUGUUUGUCAUCUAUCACGUCUUCUGGCUCGAGCUGCUGCUGCUCUAUCGCUCGUGGUUCGGCUCGGAUGAGAGCUACACAGAUGAUAAGCAGUAUGACGUGUAUAUCUCAUACGCUCGCAACAGUGAGGAGGAGGAGUUCGUUCUGUCCACUCUGCGGCGAGUCCUGGAGACCGAGUUCGGUUACUCGGUCUGCAUCUUCGACCGGGACAGUCUUCCUGGAGGAAAUCUGAUGGAGUCGGUUCUCCGGUGCAUGCAGGCGUGCCGGCGGCUGCUGGUGGUGCUGAGCUCGGACUGUUUGUGCGAGAAGAGCAUCAGUCUGCUGGAGUGUCGUCUGUGUCUGUACCUGCACCACGCGUCGCGCGUCCCCGUCAUCACCGUGAGACGGCGCGCGCUCAGCGGCCCCUGCGGCGACGUCGCGCGCCUCCGCGACAGCUCCACGUGCAUCCGCUGGCACGACGCGCGCUCCGAGCGGACCGGCUCGCGCUUCUGGAAGCUUCUGCGGCUCGCGCUGCCCGUGCGGCCGCUCGCGCUCGGGAAGAGGCUCAUCGACAGCACCUCUUCCCAUUCGGACCUGGCGUCCGUGGCGACGCGUUACGCGCACGCGCAGACCGUCUCGCUCAGCCGGCGCAGCAAAGGGGGGCGGGGCGGGGAGAGGCACCUGGGCGCGCGCGACAGGGGUGGGCGGGGCUGCGCGCAAAAGGGGCGGGUCUGCGCGAUUUGCGUGAGUUUUCAGGAAAGUCGUCGAAUUUGGGGCGGGGUUAUCGCUACUCAGUGGAGCACACACCUGCACCAGCCUGUGGCUAAUGGGACCAUACCUCACACCACACACAACUCCAACACCGAACCCGGCAACGACCUCUCCAACGACCCCGGCAACGACCUCUGCCCUUGCGAACCAAUCAACAACAACCAGACAAAUGAGCUACAAACCACACACUGUUGACAGACACUGAACGAAAUGUAUAAUAACCUUCAGGUAAAAUGUAAAUACUGAACAUGAAUUCAAUAAACCAAAUAAAAUCAGGAUGACCUUUUACCUGAGGCUAAUGAGGUUUAUUU